AUGCCUUAUUGGUCUUACGGUGCGAUGACCAAUACAGCUGGACCAGACCAAUAUUAUUUUUAUGACUUCUUAGAUUUGAUGGCACUUAGCCUAUACGGACUCAAUGUACACUCUGCUACCAAAGACUUUAGCUCACAAAACUAUCCAUCUAUUUACGUGUCACAUAAAAUCUUGAAAACCCUUGGUCAUUAUGGUUUGAGAUCACCAGACAUUGAACUCAUUCCAAGAUUUCAGAAGCCCCAAUUUUCUUGCGCUUCUGGCAAACAACAUGUUUCGGAUUGCGCA